CGAGACCAAAUAAUACAUCAUCUAAAGCCUCGAGCUGCGAGAAGGAAGAGAAGGACAAAGAAGUGGAAUGGCUGUCCUUGGUUUUGGGAAGCAUAAUCUAUCCUAGGAAUUAUUACCACUAAUAUGUCAGCUAUGGCUAUGAUUGGAACUGAGACUUCUCGGGACGUUUGCCCUUCGGAUCAGGGGCCUGGGAUGGAACUCUGUGAGAUUGACUUAUCCCUAAAGAAGCACGUGUUCCUCAAUCUACGAGGGAAAGUCCAAGUCCACGUGAAUGGAUCCGUGGUGGUGACAGGGACACCCUUAUUUCAUGAGGAUGAGAUCCAACUGGGGAAAAGUAAUCCCUUGUAUGUCUUAAAUCUACCUAACCAUAGGAGGACGGGCGUUCUUCGAAAUCCCCCAAAUAAUUCCACGUAUUAUAAACACAGAGCAACGGGGCAAUCUGAAGAAGCUUCCGUGGAAGGUUCCCAAGAUCAGAAGGUCAUUUUCCUGUCCGGGGCCGGCUUAGAUCUAAACAGAAGUGCAGACCGCAACAAUAUGUCUUUAUAUUUCAAUAUUCCAGAGACCCUGUCCAAAGUGGGGCUGAUCCAGGGGGGAGGGGUCACUUUUCAGCAGAAAACGGCAGCAAGAAGGGAAGAAAACGGAGAGAAACUGGGAGUCUUCUUCUGGGACUCUGACACAGACAUCAACUGGCUCACACAUGAAGUUGCUGAUAGGAUGAUCAGUUCCAUGUUCUGUCUGGCCCUGUCAUGGGUUGGAGACCAAGUCUGGAGAUCUGUGGCCUCAAGGUGCACUAUGAUAAUCUUCUGCCAUUCCAUGAGGUCAGGGAAAUCUUUGUAUGACCUGAAGAUGUACCUGGACCACCUCCUGGAGUCACAUGGAGCUGAAAACAUAAUAAUGGUCAUUGGAGACCUGGAGGAUUUGAUGUGUGAGAAAGGGAUGAGGGCCCUGUGGAGACAGAGCCGCUUCUCAGCCAUUCAACUGCUUCUCUUCUCGGAGAUGGAAAUGAAUUUACUCUGCCCCCUCAGACUCCGCCAACUGAUGGAAACCUGCCGGGUGGAGGCAAAACUGAGCCAAAUCCGAUGCAUCUUACUUCAGCUGAUUUCAGAAAUGAAUUCCACAUCAUCCCGACACAUUUUCAAGUCACAUAAAAAACACGUCAUUGGAAUCUUCUCCAAGUCAGCCAGCAAGUGUUUUUCCUGGCUGAAGACAAUCUUGUCAUCUGCUGAGAACUUCAGGGAUUUGGUGAAGGAGGUCCUGCAAUUCCAGCUGGUCGCCAUCGACAAGAAGCUCACCGGAACGAUUUCCAAGUGUACGCUUGCCAUCUUGUAUCACACUAAGGAACAAGGGAGUGUUAAAAUGACUGACGUGUCCGGAUCGAUCUACAACGAGGAGCUUCAAUGUCUAUCCACUAUCCUCGGGAGGGACAACGUGAUUGUAGUGCUGGACGAUAUGGAUGAAAGCCGUUCGGCAGAGAAAAUGAGGAUCCUCAAGGAACAACCGAGUAUUGAUAGACUGGCCCGGGAUCUGUUCCUCUUUGGUAUCAAAGAAAAAUCAGAACAUGUGACAAACAAAACCUCUAAAGACUUCAGAGAGGGGGAAACAAUGCAGCAAAAGAUUAAGCCAUUCAAUGAUCGGAUAAAGAUAAGAGGACCUCGUCAUUCAAGAAACAAGGACAAGAAGACAGAAACUGUUCCAAAUGAGGUUAAAGAUGAUCGGCCUGAAUCUGAAGACAAGACAGAUUUCGAGGAAACACAACAACCUCCUCCUCCUGCAGAAGAAGAAGGAUUUGGCGACCACUCGUCCCCAUUGCACGUGGCAUUAGUGGAAGCCGAGAGGUUGAGGUUGAACGGAAAUAAUGUGGAGAGCGGAUUUCAAGACCUUACAGCUAACCCCAAAAAACAUCUCACAAGAGUGGACCGGCCUGAAUCUGAUAAGGAAGAAUUAAUGCUCGAUGCUCUGACUUUUCCUGGAACACGGCAAAAACAGAUGUCCAAGAAGCAAGUUGUUGGGAUUUUCUCCAGGUCUCCUCAGAGGGAUUAUUAUUGGUUACGGGACCUUCUGAAGUCCGGGGCACUGCUGAGUUACGUGGAGGAGGUCAAAGACGGAUACAUCCUGGAGUGUGACGGGAGACCGUUCCGGCGGGUGGCCUCAGAGUGUACAUUUGGAGUCUUGUAUCACAGCAAGAGGAACGGGAGAGCGCACAUCACCGAUGUCCCGGGGUCUCUGUAUGACAGCCAUCUCAAUCACCUCUCCGCCCGGCUCGGGAAGAAGAAUGUCCUUGUGGUGAUCGAUGACGUGGAGAACCCGAGCGAGGAGGAAAAGGCCCGGAUCCUGGAGAAACAGCCCAGCCUCAGGAAACUGACCGCAGGUGUUCUCCUCUUCAGCCGGGAGAAGACGGAGAUACACACUAAAUAAUUCCAUAGAGAGAGAGCAACAACUGACAUACUGAACUGAUGUCUCUCUCUCUCUCUCUCUUCCUCCUCCUCCUCCAUCUUCCUCCCUCUCUCCAUCUCCCUCCCCCUCAU